AUGUACGUAGCAAUGUUUGGCACAGUUGCCCGAUUUUGGUUCAGUUUUGGGAUUGAGAAGAAGAAAGACGGAGCAGCAGCCGAUCAAGGAUUCAGAAGAAAAAAGACGGAGCAGCAGCCGAUCAAGGAUUCAGAAGAAAAAGACGGAGCAGCAGCCGAUCAAGGAUUCAGAAGAAAAAAGACCGAAAAUGAAAACGCUGCUCACCUCCUUGGCACCCUCGCAGAGAACCAGGACGUCAGCAAGGAUCAAUACGACCAGCUGGGUAAGGAUGUGCAAAUGUUCGUGUCCGACAAAGAGGUGGGUCACACUUUCGCCUAUUGGUACAAGAGGUAUGGCACGGUCAUCAGGGAUUCGGUCUUGCUGGAUAGCAAGAAGCACGAUUUGAACCUCAUGAAGCUGGACGAUGAUGCAUAUCUCAAAUAUGCGGAUGACAUACUGCCGAAACAACCGCACGAGAUCGAUUUCGAGACGACGGUGCAGAUCUGGAGAAGCUUUUCGCGUCAAAGAAGACGCUGA